GUCAUUCUGGACUGGCCUUCACUACUGAGCAGGUGAGAAGGGCUCUGGGGAACUCAGACACAGCAAAGCAUUGGGACUGGAUGGUAUGAACCCCAAGGUCCCAAAGGAGUGUGCUGAGCAGCAGCUGUGCAGAGUUCUCCAGCGCAUUUUCAAUCCGAGUCUCAGCCUGGAAAGGGAGAGGACUGUGUGGAAAACAUCAUGUGGUCCCACUACCCAAGAAGGGUGAACUGAAAGUCUUGAAUGAUUCCUGUCCAGUGGCCCUGACCUCACAUAUCACGAAGACCCUAGAGAGGCUAGUCCUGGCUUACCCCUGACCCCUGGUCAGAUCAGCCCUUGACCCCCUGCAGUUUGCCUACCAGGAGCACUUUAGAGUUGAUGCCAUAAUCUGCCUGCUGAACAGAGCCUACUACCAUUUGGAUAAGUAGGGCAACACUGUGAGGAUCAUGUUUUUUGAUUUCUCAGUGCCUUCAAUACUAUUCAGCCCUUAUUGCUGGGGGAAAAGCUCCAUUUAAUGCAGGUUGGCACUUUAAUUGUAUCCUGGAUAAUGGACUACCUGAGUGGCAGACCACAGUUUGGGAGGCUUCAGAGCUGGCUAUAAGCAGCAGUAGAGCCCCACAGGACUGUAUUGGGUCCCUUCCUGUUUACCCUGUAUACCUCGGACUUUUGAUACAGCACUAAGGCAUGUCAUCUGCAGAACUUCUCUGACUCAGCAAUAUUUAGAUUAUAAGGACACGCAGUCCUCUUUUAUUGUCAUUUAGUAAUGCAUGCAUUAAGAAAUGAUACAAUAUUCCUCCGGUGUGAUAUCACAGAAACACAGGACAGACCAAGACUGGAAAAACUAACAAAAACCACAUAAUUAUAACAUAUAGUUACAACAGUGCAACAAUACCAUAGCUUGAUGAAGAAUUGGCCAUGGUCACAGUAAAAAAAGUUCAAAGUCUCUCGAAAGUCCCACAUCUCACGCAGAUGGGAGAAGGAAGAAAACUCUCCCUGCCAUACCCGACCACAGUCCGACUCUGAGUCAUCCAAAAACUUCGAGCCUCCGAUCAGCCCUCCGACACCGAGUACUGAGCACCUUCUCUGCCGAACGCUUCGACCCUAGCCUUGGCCGCCAGCAGCAGGCAAAGCCGGGGAUUUUGGGGCCUUCCCUCCGGAGAUUCUCGGAUUUUCGAUCACACAGUAGCAGCGGCAGCGAACCGGCCAUUUCAGAAGUUUUCUCCAGAUGUUCCUCUGUGCUUCUCACGUCUGUCUCCAUCAAAUCAGAAUUGUGCACGGCAUCCUACUUACAAAUACGAUAUCAUUUCACUGGAGAACUGCGCGCACUACAUCGCGCCGCCAUCUUCUCCUCCCGCCUUUUGGGUGUAUAAAGGGAGGAUGGAUACAGGGUCCUGGUGGAGGACUUUGUCAGAUGGUGCAAGCUGAAUCAUCUGCAGCUCACCAUCAACAAGGCAAAGGAGAUGGUGAUGGAAUUUAGGAAGACUAAGCCUGCAGUGCCCCCUCUUCCUAUUGAUGGUAAAGAUGUGAAUGUGGUGAAGACCUACAAGUACCUGGAGAUGCACCUGGAUGACAGACUUGAGUAGAGCACCAACACAGGCUGUGUACAAGAAGGGCCAAAGUCACCUCUACUUCCUGAGGAGACUGAGGUCCUUUGGAGUAUCCAGGCCUCUCCACAUGUUCUACCAGUCUGUUGUUACCAUUGCAAUCUUCUAUGCGGUGAUGUGUUGGGGCAAUGACAUCAACAUGGGUGAUGCCAACAGGCUCAAUAAACUGAUUAGAAAAGCUGGCUCUGAUGUAGGAGUCAAACUGGACACACUGGAGGCUGUGGUAGAACAAAAGACCCUAAAGAAAAUCCUGGCAAUUCCAGACAAUGUUUCUCACGCUCUGCAUGCCAACUUGGCUGAACAGAGGAGCACUUUUAGUAAUAGACUAAGACAACUGUGCCGCUUCAAAGAGCGCUAUAUGAGGUCAUUCUUGCCCUCUGCUUUAUAAUGAGUCAACCUAUAGCCGGGGAAAUGAUGACCUUCCUUCCUGUUGAACUGUUUGAGGACAAUGUAGAAAGGAUAGAUGCUUUGGAGACAAGUGUUGAAUAUUUUAUUGAGAAGUAUGAGAAACCUUAUAAGCCUGUGGUACUGAUAAAUGCUGAGCGAGGAUGGGCAGCACAUGAAAAGUGGACACUGGAGCGAUUAAAGCGCAAGUACAGGAAUCAAAAAUUUAAGUGUGGGGAAGACAACGAUGGUUAUUCUGUUAAAAUGAAGAUGAAGUAUUACGCUGACUAUAUGGAAACUACAAAAGAUGAUAGUCCUCUGUACAUUUUUGACAGUAGCUAUGGGGAGCAUCCUAAAAGAAGGAAACUUUUAGAAGAUUAUGAAGUGCCAAAAUAUUUCAAAGAUGAUUUGUUCCAGUUUGCAGGGGAAAAGCGAAGACCUCCAUACAGAUGGUUUGUCAUGGGCCCUCCGAGGUCUGGAACUGGUGUCCAUAUUGAUCCUUUAGGAACAAGUGCAUGGAAUGCUCUGGUUCAAGGUCAUAAGCGUUGGUGUCUGUUUCCUACAAAUACACCUCGUGAACUUAUAAAACUGACAAGGGAAGAAGGAGGAAAUCAGCAGGAUGAGGCCAUCACAUGGUUUGUGAUUGUUUAUCCUCGAACGCAGCAACCAACCUGGCCCCAAGAGUUUAAACCUCUGGAAAUUCUUCAGAAACCUGGGGAAACUGUAUUUGUGCCAGGUGGAUGGUGGCACGUGGUACUCAAUAUGGAUCAUACUAUUGCUGUUACUCAAAAUUUUGCCAGCGCAACCAACUUUCCUGUGGUCUGGCAUAAAACCGUUAGAGGACGCCCUAAAUUGUCCAGAAAGUGGUACAGGAUCUUAAAGCAGGAACGGCCAGAACUUGCUGUAGCAGCAGAUUUGGUUGAUCUGCAGGAGUCAACAGGUAUUGCAUCAGACAGCUCAAGUGAUUCUUCUAGUUCGUCCAGUUCCAGUUCCUCAGACUCUGACUCAGAGUGUGACUCUGGUGCUGAAGGAGAUGGAAUGACCCACCGAAGGAAGAAAAGACGAGCCUGCAAUAUGAUGGAAGAUUGUAGUUCUCAAUCUCGUGAUGAUUGUGUGAGCAAGGAACGCAGUUCUUCCAGGUGACAAGAAACACUGGAAGAGACCAACUUUGAAUCCUAAAUUAAAGAAUAAAAUUACAGUGGAAGGUUAAAAUAAUUCAGUUGUAGGAUUUUAAAUGCAUCAAUAUCAGUUUUUUGUUGCUGGUAGAUAUCUUUUGUUUGCUUCCUUGGUGAUUGUGAUUCUAAGCAUAUCGAAGAACAUGGAAUGUCAAAUAACCAAUUUCUUUCGUGCAAUUUCUGAUGUUGUAAAGAUAUUUUUGUAAACUUUCCCCAAAUUAACAGUAAUACUGAGCUUUGAACAAUUAUCACGUCAGUGUUAGCUCAGAAUUAUUAGAUAAUUUUUAUUACUGGUGAUUAAUAUUUCUGUUCAAGUUUUGCUUGAACUAAAUAAAGUUGUACACUGAAUAAAUUGGAUUUUACCCUAAAGUGCUCAAUUCAGAAAACAUUUUGUU